AUGUGGGAUGGGGAACACCCUUUGGACUUUGGACUUGGCAAGGAAGCCAUUACCUCGGCUGCCGACGAAGUCAAGCCUGAGUCCUUUUCGAUUGCCCUUUCCGGUGGGGGCAUCCGUGCUGCUGCAUUUCAGGCUGGCGUGCUUUGGCGGCUUGCGCAUGCCGAACAGCUGCAGGACGUGGAGUACCUUGCGGCUGUCUCUGGGGGCGGUUACCUGGCUUCAAGCUUCGCUUCCCACUUGGCCGCAGCGGAGAGGCAGCCUCAAACUGGGGCCACACGGCAGGAGGUUGCGGACUUCUACCUCGAUGUGCUUGCAAAGACGUUUUGUCGGAUGCAACGGAAUGCUGGUGGAUUUUUGCGUGAUCCCACAGCGGGACCAAGAGGGGAGAGCAGCUGGAGGAUUGCUUUUCGGCUGCCGAGGGACGGCUCAGGCAUGCUUCCCCGCAUCUUCGACGGCAUGCUCCUGCUUCUGACGCUUGCCACCACUUUGGCCCUGAAUCCCUUGCAGAUCACUGUGGUGUGGCUCGUGCCCUUUACAGAAGCACUGAACGUCUUCUAUGGCACAGCCCUUCGCAUAGCUUUCUGCGCACAAAGUCUGCCGCAUUGGCAGAUUUUGUGGGAUUGGUCUCCGUACGGGACCUUCCUAAGAUUCUUCGAGUUGACGGCUGGGGUGAACUUCGCCUUCUGGCUCCUGUCGAGGUUCGCAAAGAGAGCAAGCUCGUCGGCAUCACCCAGGUGCUACCUCUUCGUCAACGGCUGUCUUGCUUGUGCCGCGCGGUUCCUUGGAGUGAUGCUUCUGCUGCUGGUGAUGAUCUUUGCGCUGCCUUAUGUGGAGGACUGGUCGGUUCCGGAAUCCGGGGGCCUGACUUUGCAGCAGAGGUUUGCUACGUGCGAGAAGCACUUCAGGGCAGCUAGUCCAUCGACGAGUGGCUGCGAGAAUGCGGAUGUCUUCGCCGAAGCGGGACGCUCUGUGGAUGAGUACAUUCGGUUCAACGCAAGCGCGGUGCAAAGAGGCAUCACUCAAGAGGUGCAAGCCCCUGAGCUCCCGGAAUCCUCCACGGCCGUGGCUGGCCCCGACGUGGCAGUCUUCCUGGUUUUUCGCGAACUUCUUUUGAAGGGUGACCGUUCAGUGCUGAUCACCUUCUUCGGCAUCCUGGUGUUCCUGCUGACUGUCACGGUGCUUUUUGCACCCUUCCUGCCCAGCCUAUUCAUCUCGGUGGUGACGAUCACUGGCCCUUUGCUUGGUCUGACGAUGAUCAUGCUGAUGCUCCAGUACAGAAUCUAUGGACCCCUAACAGGUCAGGCUCUGAUGUUUGGGCAGCUGCCCUUCUCCGAAGUGAAGUGGCGCAUGUUCGUUCGCGUGUGCUUAAUGGCUGGCAUCGUCGUUGUGCCGUUCCACAACGAGCUUCGGAGACUUUGGCAUUGGUACUACUUGCGCACCCUUCAGCGCAACUUUUUUCACGGUGGUAAGGACCUGCCGUUCUCCAAGCUAGCAGAGCAGCCGCUUUGUCCGCUUCUGAUCCUUACAGGCACGGUGACAGACUACAGGCGGCUCGGCAAGCAGACGUGGCCGCGACUUCUCCUAGACCGUACCCAAACGAUCGCGGAGAUCUCGUUCACUGCGCUGCAUACUGGCAGCACCGCUACAGGUUUUAUCAGGACCACGUACUUUCGGACGCUGGCCAAAUGUACAGCCUUGACUGGAGCAGGCUGCCUGGACGCUUUGAGCCUUAGUAUGUCGAAUCGAUUGCGCUUUCGGUUUUGGCUGGAAAUCCUCAACCUCAGCUGGGGUGACUACAUCUUCUUCAGCAGGCGAGGUGCGAACAGGUACGUCGAACGUGUGGCCAACGUGCUGCAGACGGAGGCUGGUCGGAAAUUCCGGUGGAUUGCACAGCAGUUUCCGGCCCUCUUCAUUUUGGCCAGUACUCAG